AAGAAAGAGACCGCUCCUGCUCUGUACUCCAUCAUGUCUGCCUUUGUAGACACAGCAGCAGUCAGAGAUGACCGCGAUGAGCUAGACAGUCAAGGGUCCGACGACGAUGUGAAGCCAAAACAGGCACGCAACCCUGCAUCAGGCGACGAUGAAGACGAAGAUGACGACGAGGAUGACAGCUCAGAGGAGGAAGACGAUGAUGACGCAGAAGAAGCGCGACGGGUUCGAGAAGGGUUCAUUGUCGAUGACGAUGAAGAUCAAAAAGAACGGAAACGUCGGAAAAAGAGCAAGAAUAAGAAGAAGCGGAAGCACAGGGACCUAGCGGAUGGUGAAGCGGACGCUGCUGAAACGACGGCCGAUAGUAGGGGUGAUCGUCGACGACGCGCAGAGGAGGAUGAAGAACUCGAUGAGGAGGAUCUCGACCUCGUUCUUGAAAAUACAGGCGAGGCAGGAUCAGGCGAUCGCUUCAAACGUCUCAAACGCGCCAAGGAAGCAAACGACUUGACCAAUAUCUUUGACGAAGACGAAGAAGCCGCAGAGGAGAAUGCGCCCCUCGAACCACUCCGUACCUCUCUCCUUACGCGUGGCGGCGAAUUUGACGACUUCAUCGAGGAUGACUUGUCUGAAGAUGACCUCGAUCGUGCAGAUCGCGAGCGACAAGAAGCUCGUAUGCGCAAUAAACCAGCUGCACAAGCGCGACAAGAACUCACCGCUGAGAAUGUCGGUAUGGAUGAAGAUGCAUUCGAGCAGAUCUUCGAGGUAUUUGGUGAUGGCGAGGAUUAUGCAGAUGCGCUUGAAGAUGACGAGGAUGCCUUGUUGGAGGAUGCAGCCGCUGAAGGGGAAGACCUCAAGGAAAUCUUCGAGCCCUCUGAUCUCAAGCGACGCAUGUUGACCUCGCAGGAUGAGAUUAUCCGUAUGACGGAUGAGCCGGAACGCAUGCAACUACUCCGUGCUGGCUUUAGAGAAUCACAACUCUCAGACGACGAUUUUGAGUGGUUGUGCGAUUGGGUCCAUCAAGAACUCUACCCAGUCUUCCUUACAAACAAGCAGGAAAGCUCAACGGAAAGCAUCAAGCAGAACGCAGACAUGGAACAGCUCCACAAAAAGGCAGUCAAGGAUGUUCUCAUCUUUUAUACACGGGAAUUUGUUGAGAUUCCAUUCAUCUGGCAUCACAGGCGCGAGUAUCUUGUUUGCAAAGACGAGCGUGAAGCAGAUAUUGCAGAUGAGGCGCGGAUUGAUAUUUCACUGUUGACCUUGGAUACGCUAUGGCAGCUCACACGACUAGAGGUGCGUGCACGCGCUAUCCUCGAACGUCGUGAUGCGCUUCGCAAGACGUACGCUGCGUUGGAGAUUCAUGAUGAAGUCUUUGAAAAGAUGAUUCAACCGGAACGCCUCAAGUCCUUGCAGCAAAUGUCAGACUUGCACGAUUACCUCUUCUUCAAGUACUCUGAGCAAGUCAGGGAUCUCCAAGCUGCUAAUGCUUCUUCUACAUUCAAGCGACCAGCCUCAAAACACGCGGCAUACGAACGUGCACGCAAAAGCCCACUCUACGAAGUCGUUCGCGCUUUCGGCAUCACAGCUCCUCAAUUUGCGGAAAAUUUUGAAGCUUCAACGAAAAGACAUUUUGCAGAAGACCCAGAGCAAUACCCUGAUGACCUGGCAGAUACAUGUGCUGCUGCAGACGGCGAUGCACGUGCAACGCUCAAUGCCGCACGCGACUUGUUGGUUGAGGAACUCAUUCAUGACCCCAUCAUUCGUCAUGAAUUGCGUCAUGUGUACCAACAAGCCGCACUCAUCUCUGUUCGUCCAACGGAAAAGGGAAUACGUAAGAUUGACGAAUUGCAUCCGUACUAUGCCUUCAAGUAUGCUGAAGAUUUGAGUACAACGGAUCUACGCCGUGCACCGCAUCUCAUGCUGCAAAUGUGUAAAGCGCAAGAAGAACGACUUGUUCGAUUGGAUGUGAAAUUGCCGCGUGAGGAGCAGAUCUUGGAACAAUUGGCAUUCUUCAUGCACUCUGACAAUGUCAGUGCCAUUUCUGAUGAGUGGAAUCGUGAGCGGACAGAAGUCAUCAAGCACAUGAUGCAGCGGAUGAAGGGCCCUUUGGAAAAGCUGGUUGUGGAUGGACUCAAGUUACAGUGUGAGGACAAGAUUGCCAAUACCUGUCGUUCGACAUUGUUUGGUAAGCUCAAUCGACGUCGCCCAGAUUGCAAGAAUCUUGACAAAUUGGAGGAAGUUGCGCGUGUCAUGGCCAUUUCAAACGGUCUCGGCGAAUACAACAAGGACGCAACGGUCACAGUCAUUGUUGAUGAGGAGAGUCGUGUGCAGAAAGUCGACAAGUACGCCAAUUUGAACUCUGACGAUGCGAAAGCAGCUCUGCGCGAACAAAUUACAGCAUUCGGGAUCGACUUGAUUGGCGUUGCUGGCUUCUCACCAGCGACGUAUAAGCUCAAGCUCGAGAUUGAAGCAGCUAUCUUGGAUAUGGAUGAAAAGGACAAACCCUCCGUCUUGUAUGUCAAUGAUGAAGUCGCCAGGCUCUACCAAUGCUCGCCGCGCGCAGUCAAGGAAUACCCGCAAUAUGGUCCCUUGUAUCGCUAUUGUGUCGCUUUGGCGCAUUACGUGCAGUCACCUCUGCACGAAUACGUUGCCCUAGGUCGAGACUUGCUUGCGCUCAAUUUACAUCCACAGCAGUCGCUCUUGCCAGAAGACAAGCUCUGGGCGUCCCUUGAAACGGCUAUCGUCGAUGUCGUGAAUAUCGUGGGUGUCGACGUCAACAAGGCACAAUUAUCGAGCUAUGAGGAGAACUUGCUGCCGUAUGUGAGCGGUCUUGGUCCGCGCAAGGCGGAUUCCCUCAUGCGACGACUUGCACAACAAGGUGGACAUCUCAAGAACCGCACGCAACUCCUUAAAACGGCGAAUCUCCCAAAAAAUGUCUUUGUCAAUUGUGCGAGUUUUCUCAAGAUUCCAUUUGAUACGGCAGAGUUUGAGGCUGCGCGGACGGAGGAGCAGCAGGAGAUGGAUAUUCUUGAUUCCACACGGAUACACCCCGAAGACUAUGAGCUUGCCAACAAGAUGGCGAUGGAUGCGCAAGAUUUGGAUGAAGAAGAUCUUGUGAAUCUCGCAGGCGGCCCUGUCUUGCUCAUGCGCGAAUCCGACGCAACAGACAAGAUUGGCGAUCUCAUCUUGGAGGAUUACGCAGAAGAACUCAAACGUGCCUUCAACCAGCCCAAGUUGCUCACCUUGCGUCUCAUUGCUCGCGAAAUCGUCAAUCCCUAUCAAGAUAUCCGUCGGCCUUACCACACUCUCACGUCAGAUGAGCUCUUCAUCAUGCUGACGGGUGAGCUGGUAUCGUCCCUCGAGGCAGGAUCCGUCAUUUCAGCGACGAUCCGCCGCGUCUCUCGUCAUGGUCUCUUGUGCAAGACGGAAAGCGGCAUCGAAGUGGAUGUAGCGCCUGAAUGCUUGGGACUUCCACCGGGUGCUGAUAUGGAUCCACAGGCUCACUUGCGUGUUGGUCAAGCUGUUCAAGGUGUGAUUCAGCAGCUCGAUAAGCAUAAUUUCCGAGCGACCAUGACUUUGGACAGACGCGAGGUGGAGCGAGCUCGAGAAGAUGCAAAACUCAAGGCUGUUGAAGAUCGCAAUGGGCUAGGUUGGGCAGACUUCCAAGAGGAGAGUGAUCGUGCGCUGCUUGCUGCUGCCAAGGAAGCGGAAGCACGAUCGAAUCGUGUCAUUAAGCACCCAUUGUUUAGGCAAUUCAAUGCAAGACAAGCGGAAGAGUUUCUUGGACCUUUGCAAAGGGGUGAUGCUGUUAUUCGACCUUCAUCCAAGGGACCAGAUCACAUUGCCAUUACGUGGAAGGUCUCGGAUAGUAUUUUCCAGCAUUUGGAUGUGCUUGAGAUGGGCAAGGACAAGACGCACUCGAUUGGUCGUGUGUUGCGGAUUGGCAAAGCAACUUACAGCGAUCUCGAUGAGUUGAUUGUGUCGCACGUCAAGGCAAUGGCACGAAAGGUGGAUGAGAUGUCUGGUCAUGAGAAGUUCCAGCGCGGCACACGGCAAGAAACGGAACAGUACUUGACCAAGUACUCGGAAGCCAAUCCACGACGAUCUUGCUAUGCGUAUUGCUUCAAUCACCAGCACCCGGGAUACUUUGAUCUUUGCUUCAAGGCGAAUCCCAAGGCGCAGAUUGGAUCAUGGCCCGUCAAGGUCGUCCCGAAUGCAUUCAUGAUGCGAGACAAUGUGUAUGCCGACAUGACAUCGCUGUGCAAUGGGUUCAAGCUGCUGUUUGCGGGAGAUGCGAGUCGCCAAGGUGGACGUCGUUAACAAGUCUGUUGUCGCCAGCCCCCUGCCUUAUUCUAUCUACUAGCCAUUGUACAAAAGCAUAAUUCCAUCGACUAUUCGCC